GGAGGAAUUUGGAGAACGGCGUCGCUAGGGGUUGCUUGGUUCGUGCGGCCGCUUCGCGCCUGCGCGCGUAGUUCGCGCCACUGCUACGUCGCUUGCAAGCCAGAUGUUCUGAAAAGCUUCCUGUCGUCGUUACGUUGCCCUGCAUUUUUAACUUGAUGUAAAAUGUGGACUAGGAUUAAUAUAAUAUUUUAUAUUAUUAGUGAAGUAUUAAGUGUAUAAUUUAACAUGUGUGUAGUAGAUAGUGGAGUUUAACUGAAAGUUAUUCAGCGUCUCGAUGUCCACGAGUUCAAUCGAGACCAACAAAGCGGCGGACAUUUUAUUUUGAGUACUCGAUAAUGUAGCGUUUGCGUCGAAAACAUUAAAUGUCGUUUUAUGGUUCUGUAUUCGGAUAUCGUUCGCUUACACCUUUCCGAUGCCGAGGGGGGUGAAGCGAGGAGCGGUGGAAGGCGAAGCUGAGGUGGUGGUACGCGUCGGGGCUUCUCCGUCGCACACCACGCUCCUGGACGACAGCCCUAGCCAGCCCAUAAGCUACCACCUGCUCGACCAUGGCUAUGGUGCCACACCUCAACACCAAAUACGCCGGGAAGCGCCCACCGCACCGCCGAAGACAUCUGAAGCGGUGAAACGUAGACUGAACCUGAGCGAGAGCAGCUCAGGCAGCCAGGGUCACGUGGUGCCGAUGAAGGCGGACUUCAAGACGCCCAAGCAGAAACGCGUCAAAGUCCUAACCCCGUACAGCCGACCGUCCAGUUCUAUGAAAAAAUACACAGAACGCUCCAGGUUUGACACGUCAUUGGGUCUACUGACGAAAAAGUUUGUAGCGCUCCUCAAGUCGUCGCCGAACGGUGUUUUAGAUCUUAAUAUAGCAGCUGAGCAUCUCUCUGUACAGAAACGCCGAAUAUACGACAUCACAAACGUAUUAGAGGGUAUAGGAAUAUUAGAGAAGAGAUCCAAAAAUAAUAUACAAUGGAAGUGUGGUGUAGGAGGUGGAGGAGUGAACGAAGAGAACCGUGUGCGUCGUCUGCGGCGCGAGGUGCGGUCGCUGGGCGGGCGGGAGGCGCGGGUCAGUCGAGCGGUGGCCGCGGCCGAGCAGGCGCUGUCUCGACUGUCGGCGGAGCACGGGGCGAGGGCCUACAUAACGUACGCGGACCUCAGGUCCAUUAAGGACUUUAGAAAUCAAACUGUUAUACCCAUCAAGGCCCCGCCGGACACCAGGCUCAGUGUACCACAUCCAGAUGAGAAAGGGUAUAUGAUACAUCUCAAAUCAAUUUCUGGAGAAAUAGAAGUGUACCUCUGUCCUAAAGAACGUCCGCCCACGCCGCCGCCCUCAUCUGGUGUGUUGCCAUCGGAUCCCUUGUUGGAGGAUAACAAAGCUCUCCUGGCUCCGCUCAUCGCCCAGCUUCAAACACUACCCUCUAGUUCCAUCUCAGCCGCCUUCACAACACCAAUAAAGCGUGAGCCGGAUGAAGGCGCGUGGUCCCGUAGCCUCGUGGUUCGUACUCCGUGCGUCACGGAUCCCACCCUGCCGCUAACGCCGGCGUUAUCGACCCCCACAGCCCCCACCACACCAGUCGGACCAGCUGCGCCCACCACGCCCACCACGCCGGCACACGCCACUAUGACCACACCUGAUACGGGAGGCGCCCGUGGUCGUCUUCGGAACGCGUUGAUAGCGGACAGCGACGACUUCGCGCCCAUCAUGGGCGGUGGGCGGUUCCAGCUGCAAACUGAAGACCAGGAGUCAGAGCAAAUGGAGUUGGAGCCGUUCCUGCCUCUCGAGCCGCCGAUGUCCGCCAACGACUACGGCUUCUGUCUCGACCACGACGAGGGGCUCUCGGAACUGUUUGACUUUGAAUUUUAGUGUAGUGUUGUGACGGUCUACAUUGAUGGAUUCUGGCUGUGUGUUAUCCAAAAGUGCUCAUAGACUAUAGCACUGUGCACAAAAGACUUGGUUAUGCUUUAAAUGUACAUUGUACUAGGACGAUUUUUUUUUUAAAUUAAUAAUAAUCGGCCCUGUAACGGCGUCUACAUGCAAUAUAUAACAUCGACACUGCGACACGUGUAAAUUAUUAUAUGCAAUUGAUUGUCUCGCUGUAAGGUUUCUCAGAUAUAAGCGGGGGACGGGGUGGGGGUUUAUACAUAUAGAUACAGCUGACUUGACGCUACGAUAACGACAAAGUAAUAGGUAAUUUGAGAAUAGUUUUUUGUACAUAGCUUGAAUAUAGCGUUGGGUUGGUGUUUUAUACUUCACUGCUGUAAAUAUCCACGCUGGACGCUCCUAGGCCGGUGGCCUGUACAUAUACUGGUUAUUGAUGUAAUGAAUGGUGAUAUUUUAGCGGCCUUCGAUUUACUUGUAAAGCUAGCUCUAAUGUCCGGUCAAUCACAAGUGUUUAUCGGUUUUGUUUCUCUGUAUCGAAUAUGGUGGGAAAUAUGGUUUUUUUGUGACUAUUACUUUACAGUCUUCAAAGCAUAUGCAGUGGGUAGACGGUUAGUUCAGCUUAUCCCACCGCUGUUGGUAUCGUAAUAUACUAUAUUUUGUCGUUAAUUUUUUCCCCGGCUAUGUUGUUUAUUUCGGUUUUCAUUGUAAAUAAUCCGAUCGGGGCGGGGCUGAAGUAUUAUUUUAACAGUAAGUACAAAGUGCUGUUCGAUGUCACGGUUUAUGUAUGAACGCAUUACGUCAAAAGUACCCCAAAUAAAUCCGUCCCGCCCUCGUAUAGUGUACAGCACAAAUUUCAUUGUAAAAAAAAAAAAUAUAUACAUAAGUGCAUAUCAAAAAUAAAUUUAAUGUUAGAAAUAACUUAAAAGGCACGUUGUUGCAUGACUCGAGGUGUAACCUGGUCGGUGCGGAGCGACUAGUUACUUAGUUACGUUAUUUAUGUUCUAUAGUUUCCCUAAUAGAGAAGACUGUAUUGAAUUUAUCAUUAAAAGAAUAUCAUAAUUUUACUAACUCGGAAUGAAUGAAGCCUAUGUACAUAUAAGUUGCGACACAGGUCAUUUUCGAUUAUUUAGUUUUUAUAUUUUUAAUAUGUGAAAAUUCUAUAGAAGUAUUAGUUUCGGUGAAAUCUUUAAUGAAAUGAUAUUCGGAAAUGAAUUUUGAGCGCUUAUUCAAGAUUGAUGUUAAUGAUUAAGUUUUAUUUUUUUUUUCCUCAGUUGAUAGGUUUUCUUUUUUGAACGUUUUAAUUUCGAUGUCGAUCAACAGAUGGCGCGUUGUUGAAGAAAAUUAGUUAGUUUAGAGACUGUUAAUGUUGCUGGCUACUUUUAAGUUUAUAAAUGUUAUGUAAUACACAAUCUAUAGCGCAUUAUAAGUUACCUGCAGACGGAUCUGUGCAUACAAACACUCGUAGACUAAAUUAUAUGUGGUUUUUGUUUGGAUUUAUCAAAUUAUUUGUGACACAAAUUCUGGGGCCAAAAAGAACGAGAAAGGAAGUACAAAUUAUUCGAAAAAAUAAAAAUAAUUUCUCGUAAUUUAGUUUAAGAUCUUUGAUUCAGUUACAUCAAACAUCACUACAUAAGUCACUGUCCAUUCUUGUAUGCCUUAGCUUCUGAACUGUGUUAUUUUUCGGCGACGAGGUACAUAUGGGUAUUUGAGGCUAUUUCCUUCAAAAGUGGUUUUAACUUUAUAUAAUUGCGUAUUAAUGAACAUUAUAGUGUGGUGUUGAAGGUGAAAAUCACUUUUGCAGUAGUAACGUCAUGUAAAAAAAAUUAUUGAUAAAGGUAUGGUUCCUUGUAAAAAAAUUGUACAAUUGAAGCGAAAAGAAAAAAAAAUUAAUCAAUUCAUGCAUGUGAAAUUAAUUGCUUUUUUAUUUUUUUAGUGUUUUGUUUGUCGAUACUAUACGCGGUCGAGACUCGUGCAUCGGUAGCAAUUUAUGACUUAGUGUAACGAAGCUUCAAUUUAACAUUCAUACUAUCCAAGGAGUGUUUAUAUAAUGUAAGUUAAGAUAACCUCAUACUUUACGCUUAUAUCAUACAAUCAGCAACCAUUGUAUAGAAACUAUUACAACGACUUAGUCCAUACAGAUCACAGGGUCCUAUUGUAGUUGGUUCGAUUCGACAAUAUUUGUUGGAGCUUUCGGCUUAUUGUUUUGUUUUCAAAUGCACAAAGCGUCUAUAUUGUACGUCCGAGCGCGGGAACUCGCUGGAUGCUCGCCAGAUGUCGUGUGAGACGUAUAAUAUAGAGAGCUGAUUCUCAUCAACCUUUAAAUGAAUAUAGGAAUAUGAACGCAUCAAUUCGAUUAUUAGUAUUGAGGAGUGGAUGUUGUUAGUGUUGGUUCCGUAUUAUGAAGCGAUCUAGUUACUUGACGUUAAAUCAGCGAUGAUUUCAAUAUGGAACUCUGAAAUAAAUGGCGCAGAGAAAGCUGAUCGCUUCAUACGAUCGGUACUGAAUAACACGUGUAUUAUUUUGAAAUUUGUUUUGAAUAAUUUGGAUAUUAUUUUUUACCUGAUGCAUGUACUUACUUUGAUUUCGUUUCCAUCAUCUUAGACAAUCAAUUUUGCACUAAUCUGGCAUGUUUACACUAUACGGCUCUGGCAACACUGGGUUAGUUUUUACCAUUGUGAUAACACGACCACAAAAAUCUGGAUAGUGUAGUAGCUUCAAAUAACGUCAGUGUUACGUUCAGUUUAAGGUAACGGACAUUCGGACAAUCUGAACGUUAUAUAUAUAAAUAUAUAAAUAUUUUUUUUGUGUAAUAAAUUGAUUUAAAACAUAAUUUAAAGGUGCAAUGUUAUAUAAUGCUGUAUUUAUGAGUGCGUGUCACGGACGCUUGUUGAAGCCGUUUAUGGUUGGUGAGGUCUACAUGAAGACUGAGUUUGAUUAUUCCAGUUUCGAUGAACGUGCGAGUUAUUUGUUGAUUGAAUUUAAAUAUAAAGUCAUAUAUAUAGUUAGGUUAUAUUUUUUAAUAAAUAUGAUAUUGAGAUAUGUAAUAUAAAA